AUGACUUUGAUUUCUUCAAUUACCAAGAUGGGUUCAGUCCAACAGCCAAACUCCUCGUCCACAACCAAGUUUGGAACUUCUACCAGUUACUCUGCCAUGCAAGGUGCCAAUGAAACGGAGAGUCUGAUCAACCUUAACAUCUUGGCCAGUAUCCUUGGCCUAAUUGGAAUUAAGAUUUGUGCCAGUGUCCUU